AAUCAGGUCUCACUUAUCUUUCAGAAUCGUAACAAGUUCAUUAAAGUAAAAAUUGUUUUUCGUUUACAUAAAAAUUUUCCGAAGUAUGAAUUCCUCAAGAAUUGUGGCCCUUCUCCUCUUCGUCGUGGCCUUGUCGAAGGCAUGCGCGGCCAUCACGUACGCCAACCAGUCCUUGGUCGACACAAGUGCCAACGAGAUGUAUUCGAUCGACCUGAAGCAGGGGAUGUGCUCGCAGUGUAUUUAUCAAGGUUGCUGUCAGGUUAAUUCGACUCAUUACGCGUGCUGUGGAACGUCCACUUCGUACUAUUGCUGUUCCGACCGGCGGUCCUGUUGUCUGGCGGGGUACACCUGCUGUGGCCAGUAUUGUUGUGGGUCGGAAACCUACUGCAACGGGGGGGUAUGUCGGCAAACUGGUGGGGGCGGGGGUGGAUCGGCAAGAAUCGAGAUAAUCUCGGCGGUUGGACUGGUCUCGGGGGUAAUUUUGGCUAAGGCAGUGUUGGGAUAAAGGGUUGUGGGGGGGGAGCUUGUCGAUUAAUUCCAAUUAUGGGGAUGAAUAAUUUUAAUUUAAUUGAACCGUAUAAUAACCGAAUGAAUUUAUUAUAUUUAAGAUUUACUACAAUUUAUUAAAAUGUAAUUCAGUUAAUUAAUAGAUACUAGAUUACAUUAAUAAAUCAUAUUAUGUGUACCCGAGAAGUUCAAAUUAUGAGUCAGUAGUCUGAGGCGACUGCGUAUAUCAACCUUUAAGGAGUAUGAUAAAUUACAAGAAAAUGCGUUAAUUCGUGGAGGUUAUGACAAAAUAUGUACUUUGUGGUCUUCGAAAUAUUCAUAAAUAAAUCAAAUGAAACUCUAAAACAAACUCAAGAUCCGAAAUUCAAAAUAGUGUAUUAGACAUAUCGAGAAAUAAAAAAAUUUUCGGCAAGACAAAAA